UCAAGAUAUGACUGUAUUUAUUGUAUGUAUCAUGUGAUAAUGAGUUUAUAAUUGUGUAAUUAUAACUGUGUAUUAAUUAUAAGACUGUUCAUAUUAUGUGUUAUAUGAAAUGUUAUUACUGCAAAUGUUAUGUAUUUGAUUAUUUCUAUAUGUAUCAUCUAUGUUAUUGUAUGUUCUAUAAUGUAGUAGUAAACAUUCCAAUGUUAUGAAUGAAAUUCAUAAGAAGGAAAUAGAAAGCUUCCGGUGGAAGGUUUUCCCAGUAAUUAUGACGAUGGUCAAACGUCAUACAGGUACCACUUGUGAGUCAGGUUUUCUUAGCAUUUAUCCCUGAAUAGGAAGCCUCAUGACCAUAAAAGGAGAAAGGCCCAACAUCAAUGGGGUAAAACGUAAACAUUUACCGUUAGACGGGUCAGACACUUUCCAAGAAGAAUCAGAGUUCUGUUUCUGACCAUUUCCGGUGGUAGAGGGUAAAUAGCUCUUAACCAAUCGAAUGCAAGGGACAGAAUGAGUGACCCAGCAUUAGCCAAUGAUAUUUAGAGGGGCGUAUACUUCAGAAAACUUUCCAAGAAUAUCAGAGUUCCAAACUCUUGACCAUUAGGUCUAUGGGAUGAAAUUAUUAUAAAUUUAGCUAAAAUUUGAUUCUAAAUCAGAAGCUGCUGUAAUUCAACAGAGAUACUACUUGUUAGAGAUACUGCACAAAAGUAUUACAAGUUUUCAUCAGAAUACUAUAUUCAGCUCUCGGUGAAUACAACAAGGUGUUGUUAAGGACAACCUGAUAGUCCGGGUCUUGGGAUUCCACAUUGGCAAAAUUGGAAUCGUUAUAAAUCAGUAAACACCAACGAGAAGUUGGUGUUUAGAUUUAUGAUCUGUAACUGGAGUUAAAGAGACGGGGACGGAAUCAUUGGUCUAGGUCUAUAUCCAGGAGACAGGAGCUGACGUCAGACAGAUAGUCAUCGUCAGGGAACUCAAGUGUGAAACCAAGAAUCAAAGAAGAAGAAGAAGAAUAAGCUAAGCAUCGUCAUUAUCAUUGAAUUGUAGAAACUGUUAAUAUUUCAUAUGUUUAUACUUCGUUCAUAAUCUGUAACCCUUGUUAGAGUAGUUUGUUGUAAUAAAGGUUUUCAUAAACCUAAUUACUGGUGUGAAUUGGUAUUCUGUUUAACAAGUUUAUAAGAGUCUGUGGGGUGGAAUAACACUGCAGUUAAAACGAUCCCAUCACAAGGUGGAUCAAGUUCAAAUUGAAAGUAGACCCUGUGACAUUUGGUGGAGAACCCGCGGGCAGUGUUUUAAUCCACUAGUAAUUAAUUACUAAAAACAAGGAGUGUUUUGAACCUCUUUACAAAUUCCCAAAACAGACUUAUAACUUGUGACAGGAAACCAAAGCAAACUUUGCAAGUUCCAGCUAUUAUAGUGUUGACAGAAUUAUACCACUUCCAGCCAGACCAUACUAAUUCAUUGAAGGUUAACAGUGGUUGCCAUAACAACCGGUUUCAACUUUGUGUAGUAGUAGUAUUGAGGAGGGAGUUUAACACUAGUAGGGAAUCAUGGAAUUCUCUCAAUACAUGGAGCUGGGUAAGGAGGCAGGUUUGUCUGGCAAAGAAUUGAUAGACUUUGCCAAAGAAAUGGAGAGUAAACAAAGGGAUGAGAGACAAAAGGAAAGGGAGGAGAGACAAAAGGAUAGGGAACAUCAAAUGGAACUAAAAGAAUUAGAGCUAAAGCUAGCUAGUCAAAAGGUUCAAGAUGUUAAAACAAGUUCUCAUCCAGGUAGGGAUAAUUUGAAUAUCAAACUUCCCUUGUUCAAUGAAAAGACUGAUGAUAUGGAUUCUUUUCUUAGACGAUUUGAAAGGUACGCUAGAAGUUUAAAUUGGGAAGAGUCCCAAUGGGCUUUGCCCCUUAGUACUUUAUUAACUGGCAAAGCGUUAGAGGUAUAUUCCAGGAUGCCUGAUGAAGAGGCAUGUGAAUAUGACACUCUGAAGGCAGCAUUGCUGCGACGUUAUGAUUUAACAGCAGAAGGUUUUAGGAGUAAAUUUAGGUUUUCGCGGGUAGAAUCCGGUGAAACUUAUACACAGUUCGGAGACAGACUAAAAAGGUAUUUGCAUAGGUGGGUUGAGCUGUCAAGUAUGACAGAAAACUUUGAGGGCUUAGUAGAGCUCAUGACUGUAGAUCAAAUCUACGCAGGCUGUGGAAAAGAAAUGAAACAAUUUCUGAAGGAAAGGCGUCCCGAGGGAUUGGGGGAUUUGACAAAACUUGCCGAGCAAUAUUGCGAGGCCCAUCCUAACAUGAAAGAAAACAAGGCUAAGGACUCAAGCUCCAAGCGCCCAGUAAAUGGACAGGCGACCUCUGGAGAGCAGAGGAAGGGGCAUAAAUCUGGGUCAAGUGGAUGUUUUAUAUGUGGGAAAGGGGGGCACUUAGCAAAAGCUUGCCCAAGUGCAGCAAGGUCAAAUUUCAAGAAAGGGGCGGCCUUAGAGGAAAUACCCUCAAACUCAGAGGAGAAGGGGGGUGCCUGCAAAGAAAUGAAUACAGUCAUGUACUCAGAAGCUCGGCAACCAGGCUCUUAUGUAAAAUUGUCUAGUGGGGACGAGUUGCCCUUACUAGAGGCUGGGGGAGUCUCGGGGACUGUGAAGGAUGAAAUGCCUGUCGUUCAAGGCAAGGUAGGGGGACACAUUGUCUCUGUACUUAGGGAUAGUGGAUGUAGUACGACGAUUGUAAAAUCCAAGUAUGUAAGGCCAGAUCAGUACCUGAAUAUUAAGAAGAGGGUAGCCUUAAUCGAUAGGACGAUAAGGGAAUUCCCUGUUGCUAGGAUAUGGGUGGAUACUCCUUACUAUAUUGGGCAGUUAGAUGCGUUAGUACUAGAGAACCCACUAUAUGAGUUAAUACUCGGUAACGUCACCGGGGUGAGGAAACACACCGACCCUGACCCUGAUUGGACGUUAGAGUUAGACGAUGAUGAUUUCGAAGCCGAAAUCGACAUCGAUUCGGAAAUCCCAUCCGAGGGAGGCGCAGUAGAGACGCGGGGUCAAAAAGCACAGAAAUUAAAGCCACUAAAGCCAUUACCGACUGCCAAAGCACUUUCUCUUGCUACGAGCAAGGCUGAUUUUCAGCACGCGCAAAAGGAGGACGAGACACUUGGUAAGUAUUGGAAAGCGGCAGAAACAGGGGCUCUGUCUAUUACUGGAAAGGGUAAUGAGACGCGCUUUUUGGUAAAACGCGGACUAUUGUAUCGAGAAUUUAGAGCUGCCAAGCAAACUCAAGGCGGGCCGAUUACUCAACUUUGUGUACCCAAGGGAUUUAGGGAAGGAGUUAUGGCACUAGCCCAUGAUGGUAUCAUGGCUGGUCACCUUAAGGUACAAAAAACUCUUGAUCGCCUACAGCAAAGUUUUUGCUGGCCGCGCAUGGCAGAAGAUGUGCGCUGCUAUUGUAUCUCGUGCGACAUUUGUCAGAGGACAAUAAAGAAAGGAAGUGUUAGUCGCGUGCCACUCGAGAGCACACCCCUCAUUGACACUCCCUUUAAGCGCGUGGCCAUUGACCUCGUAGGGCCAUUGGAUCCGAAGACUGACAGAGGGAAUCGCUAUAUUUUGACAUUAGUUGACUAUGCGACGCGAUAUCCUGAGGCAAUACCAUUGCCUAAUAUUGAGACCGAGCGGAUUGCCGAAGCUCUUCUCGAGAUUUUCAGUAGGCUAGGCCUACCGGAUGAAAUUCUCACCGAUAGAGGGAGCCAGUUUACGAGUGGGCUUAUGAAGGAGUUAGGGCGGUUGCUGUCCGUCAAACAGUUAACCACAACUCCUUACCACCCAAUGUGCAAUGGGCUGGUAGAGCGCUUUAAUGGGACGCUUAAGACGAUGCUUAAGCGCAUGUGCGCAGAGCGACCCAAAGAUUGGGACCGAUACAUUCCAGCGCUACUAUUUGCAUACAGGGAGGUACCGCAAGCUAGCCUCAGCUUCAGCCCAUUUGAACUUCUAUAUGGUAGAACCGUGCGUGGGCCUCUCUCCCUAAUUAAGACUAUCUGGGAAGAAGAGGAUGCGUCUGAGGAAGUUAAGACAACGUAUGAAUAUGUUGUAGAUCUGCGCUCAAGAAUGGAAGAAACUUGCAAGCUUGCGCAGGAAGAGCUGAAACGCGCAUCAGCUCGUUAUAAGAAGUAUUAUGAUACCACAGCUAGAGAUAGGAAGUUUGCCGUGGGGGAUAAGGUCCUUAUUCUCAGACCCACAAGCGCAAGCAAACUACUGAUGCAAUGGCAAGGUCCGUAUGAGAUCAAGCAGAAGGUAGGCCGAUGCGAUGUCCGUAUCGAAGUUAAUGGUAGGCUAAAAACCUACCAUGUUAACCUCCUGAAGAAAUACAUUGACCGAAGCGACGUAAGCGAUCUCAACCAAGCCGCAUCAAUCUCUGUGGUCGAAGAAGAACAUGACCAUGAUAGGCCAUGUAUUGGAUUUCCUGCUCUAAUCCAGACCGAGGAUCUCCAACAUGUGGUAAUCAGUGACAAGCUGACCGACACACAAGGUGCACAGGCUAGACAGGUAUUAGCCCAAUUUGACGCACAACUGACAGAUGUGCCAGGGAGAACUAAUACUAUGCAGUGCACAGUCAAACUGACAAGUAAUGACCCAGUGGUAAGCAAACCAUACCCACUACCUCAGUCAACACGCGAAGCAGUCAAGUCUGAGAUAACUGAUAUGCUCCGACUAGGUGUGAUUGAGAAGUCGGAAUCGCGUUUCGCUUCACCAAUCGUCUUGGUGAAGAAGAAAGACGGCACAAACAGAUUCUGCGUCGACUACAGGAAACUGAACGCAGUAACAGUUUUCGACCCGGAGCCGGUGCCUAACGCGGAUGACUUAUUGUCAAAUCUAGCAAAAGGGCGCUACUUCUCGAAGCUAGAUCUGAGCAAGGGGUAUUGGCAGAUACCAAUGGCAGCAGAAGACAAAGAGAAGACUGCUUUUGUAACUUCUGAGGGGCUAUUUCACUUCACUGUGUUACCUUUCGGAAUGGUUAACGCACCAGCUACAUUCUCACGUCUUAUGCGACGGGUUCUAUCUGGGCUAGACGGGGUAGUCAAUUACAUUGACGACAUCUUAGUUUAUUCAGAAACCUGGGAGGGUCAUGUCAGGACAUUGGUCCAAGUGUUCACAAGACUUGCCGAGGCUGGACUGACAGCAAAACCGAGUAAGUGUCAGAUUGGAUUCCAAUCUUUGGACUUCCUGGGACAUGUUGUCGGGGAAGGCACACUCAGGCCUGAUCCAGCAAAACUGGAUCAAAUUUUGCAUGCAACUCCUCCGACUACCAAGAAGGAGGUACGCGCAUUCUUAGGUUUGGCAGGCUAUUAUCGGAAGUUCAUCCCAAACUUUGCGACAAUCGCGGCGCCACUGACCGAUCUCACAAAGAAAAACGGGCCAAAUAAAGUGGAAUGGGGUCCAAUUGAAGAGCGAGCGUUCCAAACACUAAAGUCACGUCUGACUUCAUCACCGAUCUUGCAUCUCCCAAAUCAAGAUGAGCCAUACAUAUUGGCAACGGAUGCUUCAGAUGUAGGCAUAGGGGCCGUUCUGAUGCAGCGCGUAGGGGAAGAAAAAUUUCCAAUCGCAUACGCGAGUAGAAAACUGUCCGACACGGAAAGACGCUAUGCGGUAAUCGAAAGGGAAUGUCUUGCGAUUGCUUGGGCAGUGAAAAAAUUCAAUGUCUACCUCUAUGGCACUGAAUUUGAAUUAGAAGUAGAUCACAGACCACUGAUGUACUUAGCACAAGCGAAAUUGCAAAAUAGUAGAAUUCUGAGGUGGGCUCUCGCGCUUCAGUCAUAUCGUUACCAUGUGACUGCAGUAAGGGGAAUAGAUAAUGUAGGGGCUGAUUUUCUUAGCCGUUGCCCUGAACAAUAG